UUUCCGGUAGGACGUCAAGAAAGAAUGUUUACGUUAGUCUCGAAUUACUUAUUAAAACCUUCGGCCAUUUCCUCUUUCGCUCCUCCUCCUCCUCCAAUUGCCAAAUUUAGAAGUCGAUAAGUGGCACCACUUCCAACGAAUAAAGAAGGUGAAACUUGAUUAGAAUAGUCCACUAUUGCUUAAUUUUGACAUGGAGAAUGGUAAAGUACAACAAAAUGGGGGAAAAAACGAAUGCGAAGGUUUGCAAUUAUGCAAAGAAGACUUGAGAUCGAAAUUAACGCCGUUGCAAUAUCAAGUUACUCAAGAAAAGGGGACGGAAAGACCCUACAGUGGAAAAUACUAUAAAACAACGGAAAGCGGAUUGUAUAAUUGCAUCGUCUGCGGAGAAGAACUUUUUUCUUCGGAGAAAAAAUAUCAUUCGGGAUGCGGAUGGCCUGCGUUUUCCGACGUGAUCGAUCGUAAUAAAGUUAAUUUUAAAACGGAUUUAUCUCACGUUGGACCUAAUUUAUUGCUUCUUGCUCUGAAACCCGAUUUGGCGAGGACAGAAGUUUCCUGCGCAAGAUGCGGCGCCCACCUCGGUCACGUUUUCGAAGAUGGACCAAAACCCACCGGAAAGCGCUACUGCGUCAACUCCGCCGCGUUGGACUUCCGGAGAACGGAAUGCCACUCGGACAGUAACAAAAAUUCAAGCGGAGAAAAUUCCGAAAAUCACGAAGAGAAUCAGUCGCCCGGUCGGAUCUAACGGAACGCGACGUUUCUUUUCCGGCGACAUCCACGUCACCAGAUGCGGAGGCACUCUGAGAAUCUCUCCGUCAGCCAUUGGUCUUGUUUUGUUUAUGAAAUUUUUAUUAAUUUUUCAAAUUUUAUUUUUUGUAUAGAAAUUAAUAAUAUUUACAAUAUAUUUAAAUUCAAAUAGCUAAUAUAAAAUAUAUACAUACACACACACAUAUAUAUAUAUUUAUUUCUAAAAGUUUAAUUUUAAUUUUAUUAUUGGUUUUAAUCCUUUAUCUGUAAUCAGAAAAAGAAUAUUUUCAGUAUAAAAGUUUUAUGGGAAAAAAAAUAUAUAUUUCAAGGCAAAAUGCAUCUAAAUCAGUAAUGUAUAAAGUACCACAAUCAACCCAUCGGUGAUUUUAUAUAUAUCAACUUCUGUCAGAUUGAUUAUCUCCACAUAAUAAAAGAACAAAAAGGAAGAAAGCCAAAAAGAUUUCUCCUCACAAUUAUCAGUUGUAAAAAGUAAAGUUUUCAUUAACAUUAAAAUGAUCUACUAUUAAAAUUAAUUUAUAAGUUGAAUCACUUGAAAAAAUGACAAAAUAAAUUGUUAUAAAUUGUUGACCGAGCAGUUUCUUGGUCGUUUGGGACAUUAAAAUAGCAGUCGCUACGGGGGACCAUCACAGUUAAUCGUUAACCAAAUUUACCAGCUUUGUCGAAUAAUUAUUGCAUAAUAUAAUUUUUAAGAUGGACGUAAAUUCAAAAGAAAUGCUAUAAAAUAUAAAAAAAGGCCUAAAUAUUGUUGAAAUCUGUUUAAUAUUUAAUUUAAACAAUGUUUGCUUUUUCUUUGAAAUUUAUGAAUUUUAGUAUGGAGCAACAUAAAAUGCUAUAAAAUUAAGAAGUCCUUUUGUAUUUUAAUUACAGUUACAUGUUUUUAGAGACAUUUGCCUCAUCAGUUGACAAUACCUAAAAUUUGAAUAAAACAAAUAAAGAUUCUUCAUUCAAAUUUCGGAUAUUGCGAUAUGAAACGUCUCAAAAUGCUGUAAAAGUAAACAUUUUACGUGUCCUUUUGUAUUAAAAAUUAUUAGUUGAUCAAAAUUGUCAAAAAUAUCAGUAACAGAAUUAAAAUUCACGGGGAAAAUUUUAUAAGUAUUUCCAAUAUUCGGAAUUUAGGGACCAAAUUGCAUUUAUUACAUGUAACAUUUCGUCUAUUAUCAAUUAAAUACUUCUCACGUCGACAAUGCAAAUGCUAUAGCAGCAAAUUCUUGGGAUUGUUUCCAUUUUGUAUAAGAAGUUCAUUCUCAAAAUUAAUCUAUUAUUUAAUAAGUAGGAAAUCUUUUUAAUGGCAGUAGACUGAUUUUUGAUCUCCCACGUACUGAAAAUAUUCUUGAAUGCAUUAUCGUUAGUUUGGAUUCUGUCUUUCACGAUGCGUGUCGUAUACAAAAAUACAUUUGGAUGUCGAGUGCCAAUUUAAUGCGCUUGCAUAAUUUACGAAGCGUUAAAUCUAAUUUCCGUCUUAUCAAAAAGGAUUUUCGAAACCACUCUUCCAUUUUUAUAAUUUGACGUUCGCGAUAAGUUAUGCUCCGCCACGGAACCGAUCCCGGGGCGUCGUCUGUAAAUAGUGGCAGAGAGGCAAAAAUGUUGGGUCUGCACGAAUUUUUAAUCGAAAUUUUAAGUUGUCGGCAAUAUAAAUAUUGGGAAAAUCGUUUUAAUAUAUAUAAUGAUUUUGUAAAUAAUUUGUCAUUUGUAGAUAGUGAUGUGCUGUAGUUUUUCACGACUAAUGUUUAACGAUAUUUUGUAUCUGCACUGUGCUAUUUCAAUACUUUCUAAUCGGGAAUGUUUUUAAAAAGAUCAUGAUGUAAAUAGUUUGUCUUGUAUCGUAUGUUUAGAAUAAAAUUGCCUGCCAUUUUGCUUCUAUAAAUAAAUACCCAAUUCAUUUAUAUUAAUCAUCAUCUCAUUGUGUGUGUUUAAAUAUGGAGGGAUCAUUUAUCAUUUGGAUUCCAAACAAUCCAAUUAUCUCUAGUAAAAAGUCAUCUAAGUGAAAUGAAGUAUUGUAUAUAAUUUCACUAGAGAAUAAGUGUGUAAUUUUAUAAUAAUGGAUUAGAAUUAUAAAAACAGCAGCAAAGGUGAGGAACCUGUGAUUUAAAUCAUCAAACUGCAUGCAGUGAAAACGUCAAUGUUGUCACUCACUCUUGCUGAGAAAGCUUCUGUUUUUUUCACUUUAUUUUAGGGGUUUUAAUCAAACACCAACGAAGCCUAAGAGGAAAGUUAUUGUAUCAACAAUUAAUUAAGGUAAAAGGGAACUUAUCAAAUCAUGAAAGCAGUACAUGUGUGGUAAUCUGGCAGAUAUUUUUACAAUCCAAAGUUGACGGUGUCGACCAUUAAGAAAAAGGAAGGAAUAAAAGCAGAAAAUUUGGCUAAAGGUAUGAUAAUGUUUUCUUCUGGGAGAUUGCAUGUUAUUAAGGAGACAGAAAAACUUCUCCUGGUGAGGAUAAAUGAGAAGCACCUCAUUCAUUCACAGUAAAUGCAAUUUCAUUUUAUUACAUAGUAUUUACAUAUUGUUUUUAUUAUUUAGGACAUUUGUGAAUUAAGAAUAAAUGAACAAGCAGCAGCAUAUACAUUCCGUAAGCAUUUUCCAGCUACGUCAAAACUUAUGCAUAAGACUAUUUUGAGUAUAAUACAGUAGACCCCCUGUAACACUGUUGAUAAUUCCAUGUUGUAUGAGUCACUUAGAUUUUACAAAUGUGUGUGCUGGGCCGUGAACGGCUCACGUAUUUGUAAAAUCGAAGUGACUCGUACAGCACGGAAUUCAUAUAACACAGAAUUAUCACUGGUGUUAUAGAGGGGGUCUACUGUACACCAUUUGUUAAAGGGAUCACAUUCCGGGUUGCCUUUGUCUUCACGACAUUAAAUUUUUGACAUACUGCUAUGUAAAUUCACAUACAAGUAUACACGAAGUAGCAAGGCAUUAUAGACUGUCAGUUACAACUAUUCAUUUUGGUGUUGUCAUUACAUAUACUCGUUCAACUACUAUUUGCAAAAGGCACAACAUGCAAUGGAUGACAAGUGAUCUGACAUGCAACACAAUGUGGUUCACCCUGGCAUAGAUUUAAUAAUGCUAGAGACAUUUCGUGAACCAACGAGGCAUCUUUUCCCAGAACGAAGUAAGCACGAGUGGCACAUAGCUUCUACACGACUGUGAUGCCAGGUAUGCCAUGUGCUACUGAAUGCUACUGUCAAAUGUGUACACCUUGGUGUUCAUUUUAAUAUUUCAAAAUAAUACAAUGUAUAUGAUAUUGUUUCUUUUAAAAUUAAGCUCUUAGCAUUUAAUUUUUCUUCUAAUAAUCCAGGGUUGUCAAAAAUUAAGAAUAUUAAAUGUAUUCAAUGAAUAAUGAGAAUAACAAUAUUAUGUAAUUGUUAUUCAAUAAUAGCAAACCAACCAUCAUUAUAUAUUAACAUUGCAAGGAUAUCAAUGUUAAUGCCAAUGUAUAUUGGCAUUAUUAAACAGAUACACAAACAUGCUAAAAAGGAUUCUAUUUUUUCAAACAUAUUUUUAGAAGGAAUGGAUUAUUGGAGUUGUGUGUUGUUAAAGUAACAACUACUCUCAAGAACAGUGUUGUGACGGAUUUGGUAACAUGACUUAGCCAUCACUGUAACUAAAUAUUUAAAGCAAUCGAAUGUCUUUGGUGUAAUUUCUUUGACAAUAUCAACUUUGUAUAAUUGCAGUUAAAACAUGAAUAUACAAACAAUAGCUGGUCUUCCACGCUACAAAAGAUAGUUACACAUCUUCACUACAAGGGCGUUCAAAGUCUGAUACGUUAAUUACACCGAUUUAUUAUAUAUAUAUAUAUAUGGAACUCUAGAUAGAGGAGUAUGAUGACAAGACACAUGAAUGACCAUAUGUUAGUGUGUUAUAUCUUUAGUUGAGUUGGACCUAAAAGUUUACUUGUUAUUGACAUUUAUAAUAGUUCUAAAAACUCAUCUCUAUCCUCAAAAUUAUGCAUUAUUUGUCUUUUUAUAAUAAUUAUCAUCAUCUCAACAGAUGGCACCACACAAUUUUAACUUUGAGCUAGUGUUUUUUUUAAAUG